AUGCAGACUAUCUCAACCUUGCUGCUCGCAGCAGCGGGCGUGGCUUCCGCGUACGACUACUCGCAGGAUGGCAACUACGGCGCGCCGUUCCCUGAGACGGUGCACCCUGGCUUCGAGUCGGAGAACCCUGUGACGAUCAAGGGAUCUCAGGACUUCCAGGCCUCGCCUCCCAAGUAUCCCUCGCCAUGGGGCGAAGGACUCGGCGACUGGGCUGACGCCUACACCAAGGCGCGCGCCUUCGUCAGUCAGCUCACGCUGGAGGAAAAGGUGAACCUGACGACCGGCACGGGUUGGGAACUCGAGAAGUGCGUUGGCGAGACCGGUGCCAUCCCCCGUCUCGGCUUCCGCGCCAUGUGCCUCCAGGACAGCCCGACUGGCGUCCGUGACACGGACUUCGUCAGCGUGUUCCCCGCCGGCGUCAACGUCGCCGCCACCUGGGAUCGCAACCUCGCAUAUCUCCGCGGCCAGGGCAUGGGCGAGGAGCACGCCGGAAAGGGCGUCGAUAUGCAGCUUGGUCCCGUCGCUGGCCCUCUUGGCCGAGAACCUGAGGGCGGUCGUAACUGGGAGGGAUUCUCACCUGACCCUGUCUUGACUGGUCAAAUGUUUGCUGAGAGCAUCAAGGGCAUCCAGUCUGCUGGUGUCAUGACAAGUGCUAAGCAUUACAUCGCCAACGAGCAGGAGCAUUUCCGACAGCAGCCUGAGUCCCAGGACUUUGGUUGGAACAUCACUGAGCCCAACUCGGCAAACUUGGAUGAUGUGACGAUGCACGAGCUGUACUUGUGGCCGUUUGCUGAUGGCGUGAAGGCCGGUGCAACCUCGAUCAUGUGCUCCUACAACCAGGUCAACAACAGCCAGUCAUGCCAGAACUCGUACACUCUCAACUACCUGCUCAAGGGCGAACUCGGCUUCCAGGGCUUCGUCGUCUCCGACUGGCAAGGCACCCACUCUGGCGUGUCCUCCAUUCUCGCCGGUCUUGAUAUGACCAUGCCUGGAGACGUAUUGUUCUCCUCUGGGACCAGCUACUUCGGCUCGAACUUGACCAUCGCUGUGCUCAACGGUACCGUCCCGCAGUGGCGUCUCGACGACAUGGCUGUCCGUAUCAUGGCCGGUUUCUUCUUUGUCGACCGGCCUGUUGAGCGUGACCCCAUCAACUUCUCCUCGUGGACUCAGGACACGUACGGCCACCAAAACUACUAUGGUGGCCAAGGCCCCAUUGUUCAGGUCAACGAGCACGUUGAUGUUACCGCGAACCACUCUGCCAUCAUCCGCGAGAUCGGUGCUGCCAGCACAGUCCUACUCAAGAACACCGGCGCGCUGCCCCUGAAGGGUACCGAGCAACUGACGGCUGUCUUCGGCGAGGAUGCCGGUCCCAACCUAGAGGGGCCGAACGGCUGCUCAGAUCGCGGAUGUGAUAAUGGUACCCUUGGUAUGGCUUGGGGUUCGGGCAGCACGAACUUCCCCUACCUGGUAACGCCUGAUACCGCCAUCCAGAACUAUGUUCUCGCCAACGGUGGCAACUAUGAGUCCAUCCUCAGCAACUGGGACCUCGACACUAUCUCAGCCCUGGCUCGUCGUGCCAAUGAGGUUAACUCACCAGCCAUUGUCUUUGUCAACUCUGAUUCUGGCGAGGGCUACAUCGCAGUCGACAGCAACGUUGGUGACAGGAACAACCUAACCCUGUGGCAGAACGGUGACGCUGUCAUCUCUGCUGUGGCUGCCGAGAGCAACAACACGAUCGUGGUGGUCCACUCGGUUGGCCCCGUCAUCUUUGAUGACUACGCCAACAACCCCAAUGUUACUGCCAUUCUCUGGGCCGGUGUCCCCGGACAAGAGAGCGGCAACUCGAUCGUUGAUAUCCUGUACGGAAAGGUCAACCCCAGCGCCAAGCUGCCAUUUACCAUCGGUGCCAACCGCACCGACUAUGGCACGGACAUCCUCUAUACGCCCAACUAUGACGUGCCGCAGAUCAACUACAAGGAGGGCAGCUUCAUUGACUACCGCGCCUUUGACAAGUACAACGUGACACCAACGUACGAGUUCGGCUUCGGUCUGAGCUACACGACGUUCGAGUACAGUGACCUCAAGGUCACGGCCAACACGAACGUGUCCGCGUACACCCCGUCGACGGCAUACACCACCGCGGCCAAGACCUACGGAAACUACAGCACAGACCCAGCCGACCACCAGUUCCCCGAGGCCAUCAACAGCACGCGCGUCAGCCUGUACUGCUACCCGUGGCUGAACAGCACGGACCUGAGCACCGCGUCGGCGGACCCAUCCUACGGCGUGGCGUACGACUUCCCCGCGAACUCGCAGAACGGCUCGGCGCAGCCCAUCCCGAGGGCGGGCGGCGCACCAGGCGGCAACCCGCGGCUGUACGACGUGCUAUACACCGUGACGGCGUCGGUGACCAACACGGGCUCCGUGGCGGGCGACGAGGUGGCGCAGCUGUACGUGUCGCGCGGCGGCGAGUACGAGCCGGUGCGCGAGCUGCGCGGCUUCGAGAGGCUGACCGCCAUCCAGCCCGGCGAGACGCGCACCUUCAGCGUGGGCGUCACCCGCAGGGACGUCAGCUCGUGGAGCACCGAGGAGCAGGACUGGGUCGUGCGCGACACCGCCAAGAAGGUCUGGGUCGGCCGGUCGUCGAGGGAUCUCCCCCUGAGCGACACGCUUGCGUAA